AUGUUCAGAGUAUCGAAGAGCGAAGAUUACAGCCCAGCAGCACAACAAAGUGUCGGGAAAAACCCUUCCCUACUUUGGACGAACAAUCCUAGAUCAAGUUAUUGGUGUGGUGGAAGAGGAAAGAAUGGCAGAGAGAGCGACGGGGUCCGGGUCAAGCGGCCGAUGAACGCCUUCCUGGUGUGGUCUCGCGAUCAGAGACGGAAGAUGGCGCUAGAGAAUCCCCAAAUGCGCAACUCAGAGAUCAGCAAGCUGCUGGGAUACCAGUGGAAAAUGCUUACGGAUGCCGAAAAACGGCCGUUCUUGGAGGAGGCGCAGAGACUAAGGGCCAUGCACCGAGAGAAAUACCCGGACUAUAAGUAUCGUCCUUGUCGGAAGGCUAAGAUGGUGCAGAGGAGUGACAGUCUGCUGCCCGCAGGCUCCUCGUCAAUGCUGUGCACUCGGAUGCACGUGGACCCGAAGUUGUACCCUUUCACAUACAGAGACAGCUCUUCUAAGGCCCCAUGCUCACGAAUGGAGAACCCGCUAACCUACUCACAGGCGGUGAACACGGCCAGCUCACAGCUCCAAGAGGAGUGUCACCGCAACUCGACAAGCCUGCGUGACAAUCCGGUAACCCUGGUUACGCAAACCCACGCAGAUGCUCUCCUUUACCAUAGUUUACAGCCCGGACAUUCUCAUCUUCAUUUUCAGUAUUGA